AUGGCCUUGCGAGGGAAAGUGUGGAAGUUGAAAACAGUAAGGAAGAUAAAACACUUCCUAUGGCAGGCGCUCGCAGGAUGCAUUCCUGUAAGACAAAAGCUAGUAUCACGACACUGCGGUAUAGACAAAAGCUGUCCCCGAUGCAACACAGAGGAAGAAACUAUCAAUCACCUCCUCUUUGAAUGUCCCCUGGCCAUUCAAACGUGGAACUUAUCAAACCUCCCAUGCGAACCGAGUGUUUUCCCGAGUGGGGGUUUAUUCCAAAAAUUUGAUCAUCUCUUGUGGCGAAUCAAAGAAAGAGGAGCUCCGGACAACAGUAUUGAGAGAUGGCCCUGGAUUAUAUGGUACAUAUGGAAGGCACGUAAUGAAAAUCUCUUUAACGACAAGGAGAUACAGCCGGAAGAUACUACCCAGUUGGCACAUACGGAAGCGGACACUUUCGCUGUGGCUCAAGUAGUAGACAUAGUUGGAGAAACUAGCACGGACCAGGGUGCAAGUCCGCAUACUAAUGAGGACGUGAGUCCCAUAAAACGAUGCCAAAUAGAUGCCUCCUGGCUCUAUAAUGGUACCAUCUUUUGGGGAGGUAUGGUAAUUGCCGAUAUUGACCGAGGUAGAACUUAUGGCUCAUGUGCCUGCACACAAGUCUUAUCCCCUCUACAUGCAGAGUUCCAUACCCUACUGUGGGCAAUGAAGGAAACAUUGGGCUAUACUUCUAUGACCUUUGAAACUGAUUGUCUGCAACUUACAAAGUUGCUUGAAGAAGAAGAUAUUUGGCCUUCGGUGGAAGCAGAACUGGAAGAGUUUAACUACCUCUCAUCUACCUUUGUUUCCUUUGCAAUUUCCUUUAUUCCACGCUCUUGUAAUGCCCGUGUUGCCCGUGCCGAUCGACUCUCAAAAGAGGGCCGUGCAGGAGGUUCUAUUCACUCUAUUGUAAACAAUGUGAUGCCAAGUUGCAAUAUCAAAAGACCGCCACCCGGGUUCAAGUUCCCUUGGCCACCUAGCCGUGCUUUUAACGAUGGGAUAACGCGUAACCGGAUGCAAGGCCAGGGUUCCUUGGUGGUAUCUGCCUCCAAUCAUGUCUCGGCUUCUCUCCAAGCUCUCUCCCCUUAUACACAAGAAGAGCGGUUGUUGGUUUUCAUCGGCCAUGGCCGGUCCGUAAAACACUUGCCGGAAGGGGGCAAGGUAGGAGAAGUGGUUUUGUUCGACCCUGCGAAACAAAAGUUAGUUGAGCUCAAGGAAAAAGCGAUUCCAGAAGAAAUAAUCUCUGCUAAAGGCUUUGGAGCUUCCAAGGGAUGGUUGUUUUUCUGUGACCCGCAAGACCGAUGCGUACUUAUGUCCGAUUUCAUGAACCCUUGGGCUUGCAAAUCGAACCCCAAGCUCUUCACUCUGCCUCCACUAACUCCUCUGCCUAGUUGCCAAACUGAUCUGGUCUGGAACGUGGCAAUGUUCUCUUGUCCUGACGAAGAAGAAGAAGACUGUGUAGUUGGCAUCAAGUCCUUGGGUGAUCAGCUGAGUUUCUGUAGGCCACAUCGUGACUUGCGCUGGACCAAUAUCUCAACUCCUUCCGACUACUUUCCAACCUCAAACCUCAUGUAUUACAAGAAAGACAAAAAGUUCUACUUGACCGGUCCUGGAGGACACCACUUGUUCAACAGAGAGUUUCAUGAGUUGAAGUUUCACAACUUUACAUAG